AUUACUAGAGUGAUGGCGGACGACGCGACUCGAAAGGCUGUGUCGGAGAUCCCGUUGCUAAAGACCAACUCAGGUCCCCGGGAUAAGGAACUCUGGGUGCAGCGGCUCCGAGAGGAGUACCUGGCCCUCAUCAAGUAUGUGGAGAACAACAAGGCAGCAGAUAAUGACUGGUUCCGUCUGGAGUCCAACAAAGAGGGAACCAGGUGGUUUGGGAAGUGCUGGUAUAUUCAUGAUCUCCUGAAGUAUGAGUUCGACAUCGAGUUUGAUAUUCCUGUCACAUACCCGACCACUGCCCCCGAGGUUGCAAUUCCUGAAUUAGAUGGAAAAACUGCCAAAAUGUACAGGGGAGGAAAGAUUUGUCUGACGGACCACUUCAAACCCCUUUGGGCGCGGAACGUCCCCAAGUUUGGUCUGGCUCACCUCAUGGCCCUGGGGCUGGGUCCCUGGUUGGCUGUUGAGAUUCCUGACCUGAUCUCCAAAGGACUGAUCACACACAGAGAACAACAGGGGAGCUGAGGCCAUAGACACACACACACACACACACACACUAUACACUGUUAGUGGCUCCAUAAGAUGCUAAAUGGUGUGAAUAUACCUUCUGUAUGAUGGUCAUGUGUGUUUGGCAUCAUGUGAGACUCUCAAUGGGGGAAGGGGGGGAUCUGUAGGCAGCAGCAUGAAGUCUUUAUCAGUAUCUGUGGAGUGAGUGUAUUGCUUAUUAAUCACUGCCCUCUGGCUGUACCAAACUGCUUGGCUGGAGCAAAAGCCGGCACCAGUCAGGCACUUGCAAAUCUGAUUUAACCACCAUCGUCUGUACUUUUGCCACACCUUUUUUGCCACACUUCAAUAUCUUAAAGUAGUACAUUAUGUUGGUGUUUGUAGGUUCAAUUCUGUUCAAUCCCAUUAGUCAACUAUGUGGCUUUAAAACAGUCUGUCUUCUGUUUAGUCAGGACUGAGAGAGACCGGUUGUGACAUGUUGCUACUGUGUCAUGUAAUAAACCUGUCUGAUAUCUG